AUGGGGACCCUCAGCUGCGACCCUUCUCCACGACUGACCACAGUGCCCCUGGGUCGGCGGGUCACCGAGUGCCAGAUCCCAGAGACCGGCCUGAGGAGAGCCUGUGGCCUGGCCACCUCGGAGAGCGGCUCUGGGCCGGGCUUGUACAUCCUGCCGUCCACCGUGGGCUACAUCAACCAUGACUGUACCAGGGUGGCUGGUCCUGCCUACUCACUCUUUUGGAGGCCCAGUGAGGCAUCUCCGCAGGAGACCAGCCCCGGACCCAUCUACUUCCUGGACCCCAAAGUCACCCGCUUUGGACGAAGCUGCACCCCUGCCUACUCUAUGCAGGGUCGGGGCAAGUCUCGGGGUCUGGAAGUGACGCCAGGCCCUGGGGCCUAUAGCCCAGAGAAAGUGGCCCCUGUGCGCCAGCGGACCCCCCCAGCUUUCACCCUGGGCUCCCGCCUCCGCCCGCAGUCCCUGGACACCUCAGCCCCUGCCCCUAACACCUAUACCCUGCCUUCCCUCUGGGGCUCCCAGAUCUUCAUCAAGCCCAGCAGUCCCAGCUACACGGUGGCAGGCCGCACACCUGCCACCCGCCGCCUGCUGGACCCUGCUGAGAUGCCAGGCCCGGGCCAGUAUGAGAGCCCGGACCCCAACACCUACCGUCAGCGCCGGCCAGCCUUCACCAUGCUGGGGCGGCCCCGAGCCCCACGCCCGGCAGAAGAGACCCCCGGCCCUGGCACUCACAGUCCCGAGCAGGUCACUGUGACAAUGGCCCGGGCCCCAGCAUUCACCAUGGGCAUCUGCCACUCCAAACGGGCCACCACCAUGGCUGUGGACACCACACCCUGA